ACUCAUUAUCAUUAUAUUGAUAUGUCAUCAACAGAAGUAAUCACUUUUAUUCAUUCAUAUUUACUUGAAAUAUACUCCCAAAAAGAAUGUUUUUUAUUGUGUUAUUUUUUCUGUUAGUAACAUUCAUCUUGAUCAAAUUUCGCAAAAAAUUUAAACAGAAAUGGUGUAGAAGCAAAGUGUGCCUUGUUGGAAAGACUGUCAUUGUUACAGGUGCCAAUACAGGUAUUGGGUAUGAAACCGCUUUGGAAUUUGCUAAAAGAGGGGCACGUGUUAUUCUUGCCUGUCGGAAUGAAGAAAGAGCAACAACUGCUAGGCAAAAGAUAGUGAGAGAAACACGAAAUGAAAAUGUGGUGGUGCAGAUUCUCAAUUUAUCGUCAAUGACUUCGGUGAGAAUGUUUGCCAAAAACAUUUUGGAUACCGAAGAAAGAUUGGAUAUAUUGGUGAAUAAUGCUGGAGUUGGUGGUCUGGAGCAUAGUAUGACUAGUGAUGGUUUGCAGUUGUUGAUGCAAAUCAAUUACUUUGGUCCAACCCUGCUGACCAUGUUACUGAUUGAUCUACUGAAGAAAUCUGCUCCAAGUAGAAUUAUAAACGUUUCUUCCAUGAUAGCCAGAUUUGCGAAACUGACUCCUGAAAAUCUUAACUCGUAUACUGGGCUAGUGAUGAACUACAGCAAUAGUAAAUUAGGUAAUAUUUUCUUCACAAUGAGACUGGCCCAACUUUUGGCAAACUCCAACUUGAGCGUAUUUUCGUUGCAUCCAGGAGCCAUAAAUUCCGAGUUGUUUAGGAAAAUACCCCGGUUCCUAAGGCUAAUUGGCAAGUUCAUCUUGAAAACACCUGAGGAAGGUGCCCAGACAACGUUACAUGCAGCUUUGCAACAAGGUAUAGAACAUUAUUCUGGUCGACAUUUUGAAGAAUGCACUGUAGUUCCUACAUAUAAAACCGCUAAAGAUGAGGAAUUGAUCAGAACAAUUUGGGACCAAACCAUGAAGUUGAUACAAUGCGAAAAGGAAUCCUUGAAAUUGUCGUCAUAAUAUUUGUAUUGAGUUACGUGUAGAAUAAAAAAAUAAAAAGAGUGAUAUUGAGAAUAUUUGAUGAAA